GUAUUCAGUAUGUAUAUUGGCUUCAGAUUUAUUUUGGUUCAGAUUCAACUUUUGCCCAAUCUUAAAAAAAUACAUCAGUGGGAAAAAAAAGAAAAGAAAAAAAGAGAGCGAAAUUGCAUAAUACGCAUCAUCAAGUAAUCACCGCGUAACUAACUACCUCAACGCUCUCUCAUUCUCCUUCUCCUCAUUUUGAAUCUCCCCAGAUCUCAUCUCACCAGCGACGAACAAUGAAGCAGCUCCACAAGCAAAUGAGCUCAAAGCGCGACGACGACACAAUCCCCAUGAGCCAAUCCUCCCCUUACUCCCCCAAAGCCUUAAAACACCCCACCAGAUCCCUCCCCAGAUCGCUCCACUACCUCUUCCGCGAACAACGCCUCCUCUUCAUCCUCGUCGGGAUCUUGAUCGGAUCAACCUUCUUCAUCCUCCAACCCUCCCUCUCCCGCCUCUCCCCCGCCGAAUCCACCUCCCUCAUCACCAGAUCCGUCGUCUCCAACAACAACAACUACUCUCCUUCCAAGAUGAGUUUCAACUACGGCGGAGGUAAGACCGGACGCGUCCCCGCCGCGAUCGGGGGACGGAGGUUGAGGAUCGUGGUGACAGGUGGAGCUGGAUUCGUUGGGAGUCAUCUGGUGGAUAAGCUUAUAGGGAGGGGAGAUGAGGUGAUUGUGAUUGAUAACUUCUUCACGGGGAGGAAGGAGAAUUUGGUUCAUUUGUUUUCGAAUCCGAGGUUUGAGCUGAUUCGUCACGAUGUGGUGGAGCCGAUCUUACUUGAGGUUGAUCAGAUUUAUCAUUUGGCUUGCCCUGCGUCGCCUGUUCAUUAUAAGUUUAAUCCUGUGAAGACUAUUAAGACUAAUGUAAUGGGGACUCUCAAUAUGUUGGGUCUUGCAAAGAGAGUUGGAGCAAGGUUUCUGCUCACCAGCACAAGUGAAGUCUAUGGAGAUCCUCUUGAGCAUCCACAAAAGGAGACGUAUUGGGGGAAUGUGAACCCAAUUGGUGAGAGGAGUUGUUAUGAUGAAGGAAAGCGUACUGCAGAAACGCUGGCCAUGGAUUAUCACCGAGGUGCAGGUGUGGAGGUUAGAAUUGCUCGUAUUUUCAACACUUACGGACCCCGGAUGUGCCUCGAUGAUGGGCGUGUUGUUAGUAAUUUCGUUGCCCAGACCAUCCGCAAAAACCCAAUGACUGUUUAUGGUGAUGGAAAACAAACUCGAAGCUUUCAAUAUGUUUCUGACUUGGUGGAUGGACUUGUAGCAUUAAUGGAACACGAUCAUGUAGGACCUUUCAAUCUUGGUAACCCAGGAGAAUUCACCAUGCUUGAGCUUGCAGAGGUGGUUAAGGAGGUGAUUGACCCGAGUGCAACCAUAGAGUUCAGACCGAACACAGCGGAUGAUCCACACAAGAGGAAACCAGACAUAAGCAAGGCAAAGGAGCUUCUGAACUGGGAACCAAAGAUCUCUCUUCGUGAUGGUCUCCCUCGUAUGGUCAGUGACUUCCGUAACCGCAUCUUGAACGAAGACGAAGGCAAAGGUCUCUAAGUUAGUCACGCAAAGAUCUCCCUUCUUCUUGGCUAUUCAAAUAUAUGUAUAGUCUCUUUUGCAAGAGCUCUGCUAAUGUCUUUUUGAUUCUUUUUCUUCUUCUUGUUUUUUUUCUGUGUUCUUUCGCCAAGACACAACUUACUACUUAUAUUAGCUAAUAUAUUUUGUUGUCUGAAAUGAAUUUUGUAUUUGGCAAGUUCAUCAGUGCCCAGAGGCUCGAUUUUAGUGAAAAAAUUUAGUAAGAUCUCUCUCGAUCCAUAAGAAUCUUGUCUUUUUGUAUACUUUUAAGACUUUCCUUCUUCCAGUUUCAAUGUUCA